GGCAGCAGGCAGCAGGCAGCAGGCAGCAGGCAGCAGGCCGCCACCCCUGCAGGCUGCUCAAGCACAUGUAGUUUUGCAGCAUCCAGUUGUCCGGCCCGGCUGGGUCCUUCAGGAAUACAACCCUUCACUACUUCCAGCCCAGGAGCCCAUGAGCACGAUGGAGUCCGCCAUGACUCCGCUGCCCCAUCUUCCAGAAAACUCCUAUAAAAUGACUGAAGAGGACGUCAAGAGGCUGAUCGAGUUCAGGGCAUCCAAUGAGGCGCUUUUCACAGGGAAAAGGAACUCUGCCAAGAUAGCUUGGAAUAUAAUUUUAAAGGGCUUGGGUCUCCAAGGCAAACUGACAGCAGACCAGAUUGCUAAAAAAUGGGACAAUCUGCGAACAAAAUACAAGGAUCUGAAACAGCCCUAUCAGGGGCAGGAGAGCUUAGGCAGUACUGUGGAAUCCUGGCCAUGGUUCCACAUCAUGGAUGAAGCCAUGCAGGGUCGGCUUUACAACAGCAACCUGGUCCUGAGCCCAGAGUCCGUUGGCAACCACAACCGUAUCACCUCCUGUCACCAUGGCAGUGAGAAGGUGACCCAGAAUGCAGAGAACGCUGAUAUCCUGGAGUUUCUCAUCAAAACAGAGAUGGAGGACACAGUGGGAGCAGAAACCACAGAAGAUGAAGGAACGGUUCACAGUGAGGCGCCGCCCAAUGAGGGCAUUCCCAUGGGCUGGAGGAGGAUGUCUGAAUGUACCUAUAAAAUGACAGAACCAGAGACGGAGAGAAUGAUCAAGCUGCGUGCUGCCAAUGAAGCACUCUUUACCGGCAGGAAGCACUCUGCUAAGCCAGCCUGGAGGGCCAUUCUGUAUGAGUUGGGUCUUCAGGGAAAGGUGACAACAGAGCAACUGGCCAAGAAAUGGGAUAACCUGAAGAGAAGAUAUAAGGAGCUGAAGUUUCCAGCACGUGGGUCAGAGGUCAACCCCAACUCCUGGCCUUGGUUUUAUAGAAUGAACGAUGCCAUGGAGGGACGUUUCGCAGGCUCUGCCCCCAUCCUCACACCCAUUGUGGAGGAGGGAGAUGAGGAGUGUGAGCCGUCACCACCUGUGCCCAAAAAGCGUGCCCGGCGGAAUGUGGGGCGGGGGACCAUGUCCGAGUUCUUGACAGAGUCUGAAAUGGAUCUCCUGGUAGACAACGAGGAGAAGAAUGGAUCAACAGGCCUGGGAGACCUCCACAAGCUGGCAGAGUUCACUUAUAAAUUAACAGAGGAAGACACCAGGCGGCUGAUUGAGUUGCGAGCUGCCAAUGAGUUCCUCUUCACUGGCAGGAGGAACACGGCGAAACCAGCCUGGAGAGGAAUCGUAAAGGAGCUGGGUCUGACAGGGAAGAUUACACCUGACCAGGUGGCCAAGAAGUGGGACAAUCUGAAGACAAAAUUCAAGGACCUCAAGUUUCCUCCGAGGGGGAUGGAGAAUCAGACAAACCCCGCCUCCUGGCCUUGGUUCCAGCUUAUGAGUGAUGCUCUCGAGGGUCGUUUGGCCGGAAAAGCUCCAAGAGUGACUCCUCUCUGGACCAACGAGGAGGAUAUCUUCAGCACAUCUCCGCCUCCGGGCGACAGGGAUUGUCUGUUGACUGAGAGGAACAGUGGGUCAGAGCUGGAGGAGGGCCUCGGUGGUGGUGAUGGUGCAGAGGCUGAUGGGAAUGUUACUUACAUUGAUGCCAGUGGAGAGGAGUGUUCAACCCCCUCUGAUUUCUCCUAUAAGAUGACGGAGCAGGACACCCGCAGGUUGAUCAAACUACGAGCUGCAAACGAGGUCCUCUUCACCGGGAGGAGGAACGCCGCCAAGGCUGCCUGGAAGGCCAUUCUCAAAGAGCUGGGCCUGCUGGGGAAAGUAUCCACAUAUCAGGUGUCAAAGAAAUGGGACAAUCUGAAGAGAAGAUAUAAGGACUUAAAGUAUCCUCCUGUAGGGAUGGAGAAUAUGGCAGAGAACGUCUCCUCCUGGCCGUGGUUCCAUUUGAUGAAUGAGGCCAUGGAGGGCCGGCUGGCUGCCAGUGCCCCCCUCCUAACACCCAUCACUCAGGACGAUGGACAGCACCCUGAGCCCAAUCCCCGACACAGACCCCGCCCCCCUAGCCAGGACAGACUGAUGUCUCCAGCCUCCUCUGAGUACGGACCGGAUUCACUGACGGACGGCACCACAGAGGAGUGCCAGCGGGCAGCAGCCCAGUGUGACAAAGCAGUGCAGGAGCAAAGGCUGGGGGUGGGGCUGGAGUGGGAGAUGGUCGAGCGGGAAAGAGCAGCAGUAGAGAGAGAGCGAGCAGCGGUGCAGGCAGAGAGGCUAUGGCUGGAGAGAGAGAGAGCAGCUCUGGAACGAGACAGGGCCAUGGUCGAGCAAGAGAGAGCGGCGCUGAGCAGAGAGAGAGAGAUUUUAGAGAACCAGCGGGCCAUGAUCCUGAACUCUGUCGGACACAGCGGGCACCUGAGCUCCCUUGGAAUGUAGCAAGAAAGAAGUCCACGUUAUUUUUGUCAAUGUACAUGUUACAACAAAAUGUGUUCUCUGCAUUUAACCCAUCCUAUUGUAUAGGAGCAGUGGGAAGCUGCAGCGCCUGGGGACCAACUCCAGUUCUUCUUUGCAUUGCCUUGCUCAGGGGCACAGGCAGGAGUAUUAACCCUAACAUGCAUGUCUUUUCGACGGUGGGAGGAAACCGACACCUGGAGGAAACCGACACGGGGAGAACAUGCAAACUCCACAAAGAAAGGACCUGGGACAGCCUGGGGUUCAAACCCAGAACCUUGUUGCUGUGAGGCAACAGUGCUAACCACUGGGCCACCAUGCCGCCCUGUAGACCCAGUCCUGCAGCUGAUGGGUUCUGGACUUUAUGUAGAGACUCUUGUCAGACACUAGUUUGAUGGAAGCCUUAAGAAGUGCACUCCUGUCAGUGUCUUAUUUGUACACCUCUUUACCGUGAAUGCAAUAACCUAGUGGUCCUCCACCACCUGCUGUCAGUGCUGAGUCCACACACGAUGUAACGCCCUACUCAUGCUACGUUAGUUUUGUUAGGGAACGUUUCUUAAUUAGAAUAAUUACCAACAGCAUCACUUUGAUCCAGUAUGAGUCUGCCUUUGUGUCAUGUUUACAAGUGUGGAAAGUAAAAACUGUAGCAUAUUACUUACCAUAUUCUGUCAAGCUCACACGUUUCUGUAAGAGGCAGUUUAGCAGGCGGGUCUGACACAACAAGACCAGUAGUCAGCAUCAGGAGGUAUGUCAGGGAAUGCCACUCUCCCAUUCCACUCCCUUUGGAUUAAGGAAUUGAUGAUGUAAAUUUAAUUGCCAGUGUGUAAAUUGUAUCAAUUGUUUUUUUUAUUACAAAUUUGCAUCAGCUGAUAGAGGAGAGGGGAUGUGUGCAUCUGCUGGGCUGCUUUGUUGGAAGAAGUGUUGGGAUAUCAGACUUGUCUGACAGGAUGAAUGCAUGUUUCUAUGGUGAGUGCACUGGGCACAGCAUUGAAGUACCACAGCAGAUGCUCGUGAAGGGAAUGUUCCCAACAGGUAUGUGACAGCACGGCUUCUAAGUUUGGCAUUUAAUUUUAAUAUCAUUGACUUUAUCAACAACUGUUUCCACGUGUCAAACAAAAUUUUAACAAACAGAAGAGUGACAUGUAAAUCAUUGUGUGUCUUUAUCAGCUGGUUUUAAUUAAAUAAACAAUGCACUGGUCACGGGGAGACUGUCUCACCAGAAGAGCAGCAUCUCAUGCACUGAACUGAGAGCUUUAUGUUCAUGGUUUGUUGGUUGAAAGUGAGCAAAACUUUUGUCCUGUUUUGUAACUUCUGUUUCAAAACACCUCACCUUUCCCACCUGAUUCUGCACACGGUCAGCUAUGUAAGCCUUGUAGUUACUGGUUCUAACCCACAUUCAGCCAUGCAAACUCCUACUGAUCAUCUGCCACAAGCACCACAUGCAGGAGAGCCGUA